AUGGCUUCGCGAGGGAGGCGGGGUUUCGAUGAAGAGUCCGGAAGUAGGAAGCGGAGCGGCUUGGGGAUGGCGGCGGGGGCUGCUGCUGCUGCUGCUGCCGGAGCAGAACUGAUCCAGCUAAACGUCGGCGGCAGAAGGUUCAGUACUUCUCGCCAGACCCUCACUUGGAUCCCAGAUUCCUUUUUUUCCAGCCUCCUCAGUGGCCGGAUCUCUACCUUGAAGGAUGAAACAGGCGCUAUCUUCAUUGACCGGGAUCCAGAAGUCUUUGCCCCCAUCCUAAACUUUCUUCGGACCAAAGAGCUUGAUAUCAGGAGGACCAAUGUUUCCUUGCUGUUGCAUGAGGCACAGUUCUAUGGGAUCACACCACUAGUGCGUCGACUGCAGCUGCAUGAGGAAUUAGAACGGUCAUCCUGCGGGAGUGUUCUUUUCAAUGGCUACUUGCCCCCACCAGUGUUCCCCAUCAAGCGAUGGAACCGCCACAGCGUCACAGGAGCUCAGUUGGCUGCCCGGUCGGGGAACCCCGUGGAGCGAGCUCUUGUGCGCCGAAGCAACACUAUGCCCCCCAACCUUGGAAAUGCUGGGCUGCUGGGGCGGUUGUUGGAGGAGAGAAGUUCAGCGGCAGGAACUACGAAUGAUCCAGGGAUGGUGCGUCUUGUAUGUGGGCACCACAACUGGAUAGCAGUGGCCUAUGCUCAGUUUCUCGUCUGUUACAGGAUGAAAGAGACCUCUGGUUGGCAGCUGGCGUUCUGCAGCCCCCGGUUGGACUGGGUCAUUGAACGGGUGGCACUGAAUGCCCGAGUUCUUGGCGGCUCACUGGGUGACAGUGACAAGAUGGUGGCGGCCGCUUCCUGCAGUGAGAUCCUCUUGUGGGCAAUCCAGCCUGAUGGGAAUGGCGUUGAGAUUGGUGUAUUCCACUUGGGUGUUCCUGUAGAAGGCCUACUCUUUGUGGGCUGCCAGCUCAUUGCCACCAGCCACACGGGCAAGAUUGGCGUCUGGAAUGCCGUCACCAAGCACUGGCAGACUCAGGAGAUGGUCCCAAUCAACAGCUAUGAUGCUGCUGGUUCCUUCCUCCUCUUGGGAUGCAACAAUGGUUCUAUCUACUAUGUAGAUGUGCAGAAGUUCCCGCUGCGCAUGAAGGACAACGACCUUCUUGUGACAGAGCUGUACCGUGACCCCUCUGAGGAUGCCAUCACUGCACUCAGCGUCUAUCUCACACCAAAAAGCAGCGACAGUGGGAAUUGGAUUGAGAUUGCCUAUGGCACCAGCUCAGGGACAGUGCGGGUGAUAGUCAGGCACCCGGAGACUGUGGGUUCAGGGCCCCAGCUCUUCCAGACUUUUGCUGUCCACCGCAGCCCAGUCACCAAAGUGAUGCUCUCAGAGAGGCACCUCAUCUCAGUCUGUGCUGACAACAAUCAUGUCCGUACCUGGACGGUGACCCGGUUCCGUGGGAUGAUCUCCACCCAGCCUGGCUCCACACCACUGGCCUCCUUCAAGAUCUUAGCCCUGGAAUCUGUCGAUGGGCAUGGGGGUUGCAGUGCUGGCACAGACAUUGGUCCUUUUGGUGAACGGGAUGACCAGCAAGUGUUCCUCCAGAAGGUGGUGCCAGAUGCUAGCAAGCUGUAUGUGCGGCUGUCCUCUACGGGGAAGAGGGUCUGCGAAGUGCGCUCCGUGGACGGUUCGCCCAUCACAGCCUUCAUGGUGCAGGAGUGCGAGGGUUCCAGCCGCAUUGGAUCCCGCCCGCGCCGCUACCUCUUCACUGGCCACAGCAAUGGGAGCCUCCAGAUGUGGGACCUCACAACUGCUAUGGAAAUGGUGGACCAAGCACCAAAUUCAGGCGGCCUCUCGGAGGAGGAGCUGUUGCAGGAGCUGAAACAGUGUGACUUGGCACUCACCCACACCCUCGAGAUGAGCCCGGCUGGAUCGUUCACCCCCACGCAUCCUCCCACAGCUGCCAGUGUCAGCCUCCAGUUCCAAAGUGUCAGCGGAGCCCGGGACAAGCCAGUGAGGGCCUCCCCAGUCCUUCCUUCCCGGUUGAACCCGGAGCCUCUGGCCCCACCUGACUUGCAACGCGGAGCCCUCAACAGGAGACGUCAAGGUGGGAACUUCAUUGAGCGCUGCCAGGAGCUGGCCCGUUCCUCUUCCUCCUCCUCCUCCUCAGACCCUGCUCAGCCCGAAAGUCCAUGGGUCAACCGCUCCAGGGAGCUGGGGGCCAGAGCCAGGCACGGGCGGGUCAGUGCCAGCCCUGCUGUCCAAAGAACUCCCAGCCUGAGCCCGGCUUCCCCAGAGUCCCCCAGCCUGCCUCUGGCUCCAUCCCGACAGCGGCUCAGUGAAACCUCCUUUUGACCUCUUCUGUGGUGAAGGGAACAAUGGCACCGGCAGCAACCAUUUCCAAGUUUUUCACGUCGCUUUUGCAAGCAAGGAUGCCUCUCCUCCUUACCAGGUGGGAUGCAGCUCUGUGCUGUGUCUCUCUCUGGACCUUCCACUGGUGUGCCUUGUGUUUUGGGGGCCAUUGAUCAAGUUCUGGGACAAACAUUCUUGCUGCCAAGCAUCCCCUUCUCCAAAGAUGUGCUCCUUCCCUAUAUCGCCUUCCUCUGCUCAGUGAAUCCCGUCCCUCUCCAAGAGACUUCCAUGCCUCUCAGGGUGUUGGCCUCCAAGGGCAUUCUUCCCCCUUGUGAGGCAGUUUGCACAUGCACAGGUGGCCAUGAGCAUCACACUUGCAGGUGGUAAGAUGCUAAGAAGUCCUCUCUGGAGCAUUUCCUGGAAGACUUCUAUCCCUGUCUUCUAUCCUCCCUUCUCUGAAAAGCCAAAGCUGUUCGUGAUGAGCAAUAAUGGUGUGUGAUGUUUUACAUACAGUAUAUAUAUAUAUAUAUAUUUCAUUUUGUAUCAGUCUACGACUGGUGAUAAUUAUUAAAACGUUAAAGGUC